AUGACCAUGGACCCGCUGCUUGCAACGGCCGACGCCGCCGUACAAGUUGAGCCUGCCUCGUUAGCAGCGCCUCGUAGCACCCCGCCGCCUGUGGUACCGGGCCGCCUCUGGGCCAUCAGCGACACGCACCUCUCCUUCAAAGCGAACCGCGAGGCUCUGGAGAAGCUUCUGCCACAUCCCAACGAUGAUCUCAUUCUCUGUGGAGACGUGGGCGAGUCGCUCGAGCACUGCCGCAUUGCGUUUGCCAAGGCAAAGGAGUGCUUCCGACGAGUGUGGUGGGUGCCUGGGAACCACGAGCUGUACACGAUGCCCGCGCAAAAGGAGGCGGGCGCCAGGGGAGAGGCCAAAUACCUGGAGUGUGUCCAAGUUGCCAGGCAGUAUGGUGUCCUGACGCCCGAGGACGCCUUUGUGCUGUGGGAGGGCGAAGGCGGGCCUGUCCUCAUAGCGCCCAUUUUCACCCUCUACGACUAUAGCUUCCGCCCGGACCAUGUCAAGCUGGAGGACGCGCUCGCGUGGGCACGUGAGAAGGACAUUGAGGCAACCGACGAGCAUCUGCUGCACCCCGACCCGUACAGCUCUUCCCGGGUCCCACGCUUCAGCUUGUGGUGCGGGACCAAGAAGACGGAGGACUGGCAUACCAGAUUCAACGCCAAGAUAAUCAUCAGCGGGCACUUGCACGUGAGGCGCACCGACUUCAUCGACGACACGCGCUUCGAGGAGGUCAGUCUGGGCUAUCCUCGCCAAUGGCAACAAUGUCAAGACCGCGGCCUGGACAUCAACGACAUGCUCCGCAACAUUCUGCCAGGCCCAGAGACGCCGCCCGACGAGCAGAAAGGUACCAUCUGGCGCCAGUUCGGAUGA